AUGUCGACCACCGCUGAUAAGAUCAGAGGAAUUGAAGAUGAGAUGUCCAAGACGCAGAAGAAUAAGGCGACGAGUUUCCAUCUUGGACAGCUUAAAGCAAAACUUGCUAAGCUCAAGAGAGAGUUGUUAACCCCUACGACCAGUGGUGGAGGAGCAGGUGUAGGAUUUGAUGUAGCACGUACAGGUGUCGCCAGUGUUGGAUUCAUAGGAUUUCCAUCUGUGGGGAAAAGUACAUUGAUGAGCAAACUUACCGGACAACACUCGGAGGCUGCCGCAUAUGAAUUCACAACCUUGACGACGGUACCCGGUCAGAUUCUAUACAACGGCGCAAAGAUACAAAUCCUGGAUCUUCCCGGUAUUAUACAAGGAGCCAAAGACGGAAAGGGUAGAGGUCGACAAGUUAUUGCGGUCGCUAAGACCUGCCAUUUGAUAUUCAUCAUACUUGAUGUCAAUAAGCCCUUGACGGAUAAGAAAAUCAUUGAAGAUGAAUUGGAAGGAUUUGGCAUUCGAAUCAACAAGUCACCACCUAAUAUCGUGUUCAGGAAGAAGGACAAGGGUGGAAUCAAUAUAACCAACACUGUCCCGAUGACGCAUAUUGAUCAUGAUGAGAUCAAGGCUGUCAUGAACGAGUACAAAAUCUCAUCCGCAGACAUCGCCAUUCGUUGCGACGCAACUAUCGACGAUCUGAUAGACGUACUGGAGGCUAAAGGACGAAGUUAUAUUCCUGUCAUUUAUGCAUUGAACAAAAUCGAUGCUAUAUCGAUAGAGGAACUUGAUUUGCUUUACAGAAUUCCUAACGCAUGUCCCAUCUCUUCUGAGCAUGGGUGGAACGUUGAUGAACUGUUAGAACAGAUGUGGGACAAACUUAACCUCGUCAGAGUUUAUACAAAGCCCAAAGGAAGAUUGCCUGAUUACACUGCACCAGUGGUGCUACGUUCCAACAGGUGUACAGUUGAAGAUUUUUGUCAAGCAAUCCACAAAACUAUUGUGGACGAUUUCCGGGUAGCUAUUGUUUAUGGAAAAUCCGUAAAGCAUCAACCACAGCGUGUAGGGCUUAGUCACGAACUAGGGGAUGAAGAUAUCAUUACCAUUAUCAAACGAUAG